AGCUUCUCGGUCACUAGCUAUUUAUUUUGGAAUUUAGGUAGAUUAGAUAGGUACAAACAAUGGAUGUCUUUUUAAUGAUUCGGCGUAAAAAGACAACCAUCUUUACAGAUGCCAAGGAAAACACCAAAAUGGGCGAGGUCAAAAAAAUUAUUGAAGGAAUUCUUAAAGUACCACCAGAUCAGAUGAGGUUAUACAAAGAUGACACUAUCAUAGCUGAUGAAAAUAAACUAUUGUCUGAGUACGGUUAUACCAGUUCGGUGGCUAGAGCUCAGUCGCCUGCUACUAUUGGUUUGAUUUUUAGGACAGAAGAUGGUGAAUGGGAACAGUUGGACAUUCAUCCCUUGUCUAGCCCACCUGAACUGCCCGAUGUCAUGAAACCACAGGAUGCAAACCAGGCUCACCAACCUGAAUCUAACACUGUGUAAAGCAACUAGCCCAGAGAAACUUAGAGGGAAAAUAACGGCAAUAAAGCAAAUACAAACACUUAGAUAAUCCUUGGCUUUUUAAAAAUUUGAUGAAGCUUAUUGGCUUUGAGCAACACAUUAUAAAGUAAGCUCAUAUUUAGGAAUAUAUAUAAAAAAUGUUUAUAAAUUAGAAUAGAUAUGUAAAAGCCGUACUAGUUUUAUUACUAUAAGCAGUUAUUGUAUUUGAUGUUACAUGUUUUUUUGUAUGAGCGUUUAAAUUAAGAGUGCAAGAAUCACUUUAGCUACUUGUGUUUCAAUUUUUGUGUGAAUAAUUAUUUUUUUUCCACUUAAUGGGUGUAAUUGUUUUUCUUGAGGUUUAAUAUUGAUUAUACAAAGUGUUAAUUGAGAAAUAUGUUCUUCAAAACAUUAUGAAACCUUGGUCAUAAUUAUACAUUUGAUUUGGUAAAGAACCAAAACUAUUGUGAAAUUUGUAUUUAUAGAACAUGAAAAGUGUUUUUAUACAAGUGAAUAUUGUAUCCUACUGUAACCUGGUCAUGUUUCUAUGUGUGUUUAAGAGCGCAAGCCUUUUUUAAGUGACAGCAAGUGAUCAGGCAUUUCUUUGGUGUUUUCUUUAAAUCUUUAUAUCAUUAGUGCAGAGUUUUUUUUACUCUAUACAAUUAACCCUAUUAAUUUUGUUUACUAGAUAUUUAAAAAAUAAUGGGCACUUUUUGAAGGCUUAUAUAUAAUUCUAGCACUUUACUAGUCUUAAUGGUUUUCCUUAAAUGUAUUUCUUACCCGAUUGUAUAGAAAUAUUUAUUAUAAACGAGCUGGGAAGUGUGUCAGUAAAUUGGCCAUGUGGUAUUGUUUACUUGGAGUUUAUACAAAUGCACCUUCUGGUACCAGUGUUGUUUCAAUUUGUAAAACAGAUGGUUAAUCUGCUCACUAUGUAUACACAAUGACGCAACAGCCUCACGUCAGAAACACUGUCGACAUAACCUUAAGGACUUCUCAUAGAUUUGACCUACUAAGCUUUUGAAUGUUUUCUGUUUUGUAAUGUUGACCAAAAACAAAUUAAAUCUUAAUUUCUACCACUCA